CUGUUUCUCGCGAGUUAGCUUCUUUAGUUUCCCUCCCUAAUGGCUUCCAUCGUCGAUCAGACCAUACUCGUCACUGGCGGUGCCGGUUUCAUAGGCACUCACACUGUUGUUCAACUCCUUAACCUAGGAUUCAAUGUCUCGAUCAUCGAUAACCUCGAUAAUUCGGUGGAAGAAGCCGUCAACAGGGUUAGGAAUUUAGUGGGUCCUGAUUUGUCCAAGAAACUUGAAUUCCAUCUGGGUGACCUUAGGAAUAAAGGGGAUUUAGAGAAGCUUUUCUCUCAAACUAAAUUUGAUGCUGUGAUACAUUUUGCUGGGUUGAAGGCCGUUGGGGAGAGUGUCGCUCAUCCUUUUCGUUACUUUGAUAACAACUUGAUUGGCACAAUUAAUCUGUAUGUUAUCAUGGCUAAAUAUGGCUGUAAACAGAUGGUAUUCUCAUCAUCUGCAACUGUUUAUGGCCAACCUGAAAAGAUUCCAUGUGUUGAGGACUUCAAUCUAGUGGCUAUGAGUCCAUAUGGCCGAACUAAGCUGUUUCUUGAAGAAAUUGCAAGAGAUAUUCAGAAAGCAGAUCCAGAGUGGAAGAUUAUAUUACUAAGGUACUUCAAUCCUGUUGGAGCUCAUGAGAGUGGUCAACUUGGUGAAGAUCCGAAGGGCAUCCCAAAUAAUCUCAUGCCUUACAUCCAACAAGUAGCCGUCGGCAGGCUGCCUGAGCUGAAUGUAUAUGGUCAUGACUAUCCCACUAAGGAUGGUAGUGCGGUUAGGGAUUACAUCCAUGUCAUGGACUUAGCUGAUGGUCACAUAGCUGCCCUGCGGAAGCUUUUUACAACAGACAAAAUAGGUUGUGUUGCUUACAACUUGGGAACUGGGCAUGGCACUUCUGUGCUUGAAAUGGUAACUGCAUUUGAGAAGGCAUUUGGCAAGAAAAUCCCCAUCAAAUUAUGCCCAAGAAGGCCAGGAGAUGCCACGGAGGUUUAUGCCUCUACUGAAAAAGCUGAAAGGGAACUUGGCUGGAAGGCGAAAUAUGGUGUAGAGGAGAUGUGCAGAGAUCAAUGGAACUGGGCAAGAAAUAAUCCGUGGGGUUAUCAGUCCAAGCCUUGAGGAGUAUACAUA